AUGGCAAAAACAUACACACAAGCUGAAUUUGACAGUCUGAUGGAGAAGGUGGAGAAGGUGGUACCAUCAACUGAAUACUUACAUACGGUUAACGAUGGUGGGAGGAAUUACACAAUCUGCCUGUUAGAGAGAAAAUGUGUUUGUGGGAGGUUCCAAGUUGAUGAAUUGCCAUACCCACAUGCUUGGGCUGUAUUGAAGAGCAAGUUUCUAAUGCCAGAAGAAUAUUGCUCUAACUAUUACAAACCAAAUACAAUUGUAAUGACAUAUGAUUUGCCAGUGUACCCGCUACCGGACAGAAAUGACUGGAAUAUACCAGAACAUAUUGCAGAGGAGGUUGUACUACCACCCAAAUAG